AUGUUCCACACCUUCCAGAGUGCUGCCGCCAUGCCGGGCUCGGCAGACGGCGGAGACGGCGUGAAACCCUCCCGCCAGAACUCGCGCCGCAUCUCCACCACCAACGCCUGCGUCGAGUGCCGCCGCCGCAAGAUCCGCUGCGAUGGCACCCAGCCAUGCGGCCAGUGUAUGUGGUACCAGCACCCCGAGCUUUGUAGCUACUCGAAGCCCGCCCAGCGCGUUGUACCCUCACGCAAGCUCGUCGAAAAGCUCCAGGGCCAAAUCGACCAGCAGAGACUGGUCCUGGAACGAUUGUUUCCCGGAAAGGACCUCGAGGCCCUCAGUUCAACGCCACGAGAGGAGCUCCUCAAUUUGGCCCUCACGCUUCCGGCCCCUUCCGCAACUUCCCCUGCUGCAUCCAUUCCUCAGACCGCCUCGGAACCCACACCUGACUCAGACGGACCGGAGAGUCUGGAAGCGGCGCUGGAGGCUGCUCCCGACGAGAAUCCGGAGUGGGAUGAGGCCAGGAAGCAUCAGAUGAAGAUCCAGGGCAUCUCCGACGAUGUCAACGGCCUGUCGCUGUCAGUGGACCGCCCGUCCUCCUACGUCGGCGUCUCGUCCAUGACGGCCGCCCUCAAGGUCAUAGUGCGGACUGCUCCCAUCGCCAAGUCCUACAUCAACUACAAGCAGACCGAGACCGCUCUCCCCAGCCGCAGCGGCACGCCCCCGCCCGAACUUCGAGAUGCCAACCCCAACGCCCUCCCCAACGUGGAGACCGGCCUGGAUCUCAUUGACAACUACUUCGAACGAGUCCACCCGUUCUUCCCCAUGGUCGAGGAGUCCAAGUUCCGCGCAGCCUACAUUCGACAGCAGCGGUGGGACUCGGCCUGGCUCGCUCUGCUCAACAUGGUGUUCGCGCUGGGCUCGCUGGCAUCUUCCACGGCGGACAACGAAGCUCAUUACAUUUUCUUCACGAGAGCGCGCAAGCACCUGAGCCUGGAGACAUUUGGAAGCGGGAAUCUCGAGGUCCUUCAGGCACUCGGCAUGAUGACGGGGUACUACAUGCAUUACCUAAACCGCCCCAACGAAGCGAGCUGCCUAAUGGGAGCCACGCUGCGAAUGGCCACCGGCUUGGGUUUGCAUCGAGAAUACUCCAGCCCUGCUUCGCCCAACCCGAAGGUCAACGGCUUGUCCAAGUUAAAGACGGAUAUUCAGAUUGCGGAGACCCGCAGACGCACCUGGUGGAGUCUCUUCUGUCUGGAUGUUUGGGCAUCUACGACAACGAGCAGACCUUCGCUAGGCCGCAUCAGCUCUGCAGUCACAGUGCUGCCGCCUGGAAAGGUCUUGGAGGAUCCAUCAUCAAGUCCCGAGAACUUGCAGGACUUGAGAGUACUGCCGUUGAUCUACAACAUUGAGUUCUGCAAGAUUGCUUCGAGGAUCCAAGACACACUUGCCACCUCGCCGCUUCUCAAAUACGAAGAUCUAGUUCAAAUUGACACCGACCUCGUCAACUGGCAGAGCAAUCUACCCUCUAUCUUGGCAACCAAUGAACCAUGCCCGGAGUCUCUUCGUGUGCCCCGGUCGGUCAUGAAGUGGCGGUACGAGAACCUUCGUGUUGUGCUGCACAGGCCAUUCCUGCUGAGCACUGCUCUCAAACGCACCCCUUUCGCCAACCUUAGCGCCGAGGAGAAAGUGGCUGUCGGGAAGUGCCGCGUCAUUGCGGCCCAGAAUAUCGAAGACAUCAGCAAAGAAUGCACGCCUGAUCUGAUUUCGGGCUGGAACGCGGUUUGGUUCUGUUUCCAGGCCUGCAUGAUCCCGCUGAUAAGUUUGUUCGCUGAUAUCAGCAACCCUGACGAGGUCGCCAAGUGGCGCAGUCAAAUCGAGAUGGCGCUGGCCUUUUUUGACCGGAUGGAAAGGUACAGUGUGGCCGCAAAGAAGAGUAGAGAGGCCAUUGCACGGCUGGCUGAAGCCAGCAAGGUCAAUCAAGAACACCUGGAGGAGCAGAUGAGACAGCGGCAGCAGUUGUGGGAACAACAACGUGCCGCGAGCGCGCAGGCAGCUCAACAACAGCAGCAGCAACAGCAAAUUCAGGAGCAGCAACAGCAACAGCAACAGCGCAGCCCGAGCAACCCAGGGAUGGGCAUCAACCCGAAUCAGCCGUUCCCGCCGGGGCUGCUCGGCGGGCAGCAGCCGUUCCCGAACAUGAGCGGCAUGUCGGGCAUCGGCAUGGGGGUGUGGCCGCCUGCUGAGAUGGGGGGCCAGGGCGGGCCGUCCAGCCUCGGAUCUCUGUCGGGUUUCUGGGACGAGAUGAUGUGGGACACGUUCCCCGAGAUCUCGGAAGAUCCGUUCGGCAGCUUCAACGGCGAGUUCGACUUCCCGCCGGCGAGCCAGGAUACAGGUGGGGCACCUUGCUGGCAACUGGGCAACUGA